UUGAGCUUGCUUACAUUGUGGGAAAAUACAGCCGCUACGGUGGCUCAGCACGCAGAGUUCCCCGGCGCGGCCAGGGCGUUCAUGGCGCAGCCAAGGUACGAUGAUGGCGGGCUGCACGGGGGUUACCUCGAGGGCGGUGGUGGCGGUGGAGGCGCAGGGCUAUACGAUCCACAUGGUAGUGCCCGCGGUGUUCCCGGUCUCCAUCAUAGCCCACACUUGGGAGGUAUGGGCCCAGCCCACCCUCAAUACCCACCGCCUCCUCCUCAGCCUCCACAACACGUUCUCGCGGCGGCAGCUGCGGCCGCUGCCUCCGCGGUGCCCGAUGUUCACAAACGUGACAAGGACGCCAUAUACGGACACCCCCUGUUCCCGCUUCUCGCACUCAUAUUCGAAAAGUGCGAGUUGGCAACGUGUACACCGCGCGAGCCUGGUGUAGCCGGUGGUGACGUUUGUUCGUCAGAAAGCUUCAACGAGGACAUUGCCGUUUUCUCAAAACAAAUCAGACAAGAGAAGCCGUAUUACAUUGCGGAUCCGGAGGUAGACUCGCUGAUGGUUCAAGCGAUUCAGGUCCUCCGGUUUCACCUCCUCGAGCUCGAAAAGGUGCACGAGCUGUGCGACAACUUCUGCCACCGGUAUAUCAGCUGCCUGAAGGGCAAGAUGCCGAUCGACCUCGUGAUCGACGACCGAGAGAGCUCGAAGCCACCCGAGUUGGGUAACGGUCUGGACGGCAGCGGACCCAGAAGCACCGCUGACAGCACCAGCCACACGGACGGGGCCAGCACGCCGGACGUCAGGCCGCCUUCCUCGUCGCUCUCGUAUCCCGGCGCGGGUGCUAACGAUGAUGCCCGCAGCCCCGGAAGUGGUGGUACACCCGGACCCCUCAGUCAGCAAGCGCCAGCCAGCUUGGAUUCAUCGGACCCAGACGGCAAAUGGUGUCCUCGCAGGGAAUGGAGUUCGCCUCCUGACGCGCAACGCGCGGCGACCGACGCGCGUCGUGGUGUUCUUUAUUCCUCGGUCUUCCUCGGCAGUCCCGGUAACAGCGGCAACAGCAGCAGCGGUGACGCGAGUAACGCGAGUAUCGGUAGCGGUGAGGGUACGGGCGAGGAAGAUGACGAUUCGUCAGGAAAGAAAAACCAAAAGAAACGAGGUAUCUUUCCUAAGGUUGCGACGAACAUCCUCAGGGCGUGGCUCUUUCAACAUCUCACGCAUCCGUAUCCCUCGGAAGACCAGAAAAAACAGUUGGCACAGGACACGGGGUUGACGAUCCUUCAAGUUAAUAAUUGGUUUAUAAACGCGAGACGUAGAAUUGUUCAACCAAUGAUCGACCAGAGUAAUCGAGCCGUGUUUCCACCAUUGUCCGCAGGACCAAGUGGGGCAUAUAGUCCGGAUGCGACGAUGGGUUAUAUGAUGGACGGACAGGCGGCCAGCAUGAUGCACCGACCGCCCGGCGAUCCUACCUUUCACAAUCAGUAUCAUUAUCCAGAGUACUACGGACAUCACUUAUAAAGACUGAGGAUGGUCAACCUCGGAUGUUUCAGGAGUACUUGCAAAAUGGAAUAGAUGAAACGAUGGUUCUAGCAACACGAAAAGCGUAAUGGACCUACUGUGCUCCAGUUGGCGUAGAUCAGAAUCAGAGGACAACGAUGAUCCGUAAUCUCCACGAUCACCACAAUGACAGUCUUGAUGAUUUCUUACUACGCCGCACGUCGAAAUUCGUGAUACUUGGGUGCUUGGGAAUGAGGAAGAAAUACAAAAAAAGAACGAAGGAGUCAAAUUCCCGUUUAAAAGAGAAAGGAUAAGGUAGAUGAAACGACGCAGGAGGCCGACGAGAUCGUAGAGAUCGUCGAAGGAAGAAGGACGGUUGCGAAGCGAAGCAAAGUGGCUACAAACGCGACGAAAAAGGACGAAAGGAAUGAAGCCGCGGCUUGGUCUUGAGAGUGACGCGGUCGCGAAAAAAUUCAUGUGAUUGUUCUUUGUACAAAUAUCGCGGUGUAAUAUUGUAGUGAUUGAAGAAUUUAAAUGUUAAAUUUUAAUACAGUCGCGAUCGAGAUAUAUUAAUGAAAACUUAUAAGUGAUACAUAGGCAAUUUAGCGGGCAUGUACAUUAAAAAAAAUGAGAGACAGCCGGUGCUCGCACGAAAUAGAAAAUAUGUUCAAUGCACGGACGACGCAAAAGGGGUAAAAAAGAGAGUACGUAAGACAUACGAAGACAAAUGAAAUGGCAGUAUAUAUAUAUAUAUACAUAUGUAUGUAUGUAUACAUAUCUAUAUAUAUUAUAAAUAAAUAUAAAUAGCAAGACACAAAAUGAAAAGAUUAUUAGAUGGCACGGGAGAUGUUUAAAGAUAUAUGAAAGCAAAUUGACGCAAAUACAGAGGAGAAUUAGAUCGAAUGACAUCGACGCGUGUG